AUGGCUCUGAAUCCAUUCCAGAAGAAUAAAGUUGACGUGAGCUCACUCACGGAAGAAGAGCAAAAGCUCUUUCGCCUCUACGGCAAGCUGCCAAACAAGAAAGAUUUGCUCCAAAAUAAGCUCCAGGAACGAAAAUAUUUUGAUUCGGGCGACUACGCAAUGUCUAAAGCAGGCAAAGCUAGUGAUGGAGGGGUGACCUCAAUUGGCAAAGAACACCCACACCCAGAGAACAUCCCGCACUUGAGCUCACCUGGACCGAAUGGCACUACAAACCCUCCGAAUGGCGAAGUUCACCGAGGCAGUAUUCCUGGGGCGACAAGCGGUAGUCCUGUGAAAGAGAGCAGCUUCCUGCAACGGGAGACAAGUGCUGAAGACCCCAACAUCCUCAGCCCAAAAAGCCCGCAAAGUCCGGUCAACAAAGAUGUUACCGGUCCGCCCGCGAAGGAAGGCAUCCCCAUUAGAUGGCAGAGUUCAUCAUAG